AGAUACCAUAAUUUUCUACCCACAAUGCAUCUGGCAGGAAACACACAUUUCGCAGCCACCAUUUUGUCAAGAUGAUGGACUAUUCAGCGGUGGCGCCUCCAUCGGCGAUGUCGACGCCAGAAACACAAAAUGCAGCGUUUGCAGACGCCUUACAGAGAGCAAGACAGAUUGCUGCUAAGAUAGGAGGUGACGGCGCUGUCCCCGAAACAGACUCUCGGAAACGAGGGUUGGAAGACGGGCCAGGUGAGCUGAAUGGCACACCUGACAACAUGUUCCGAGACUACGGAGAUGGCGAGCCUGAGCCAAAGAAGCUAGCGGCACAGAAUGAUCCCAUCGGGGCCCAGCUAGCCCAGCAGCUUGCUCAACAGAGAAACUUUUCAUCUUCCAGGGCUGGAGGUGUUGUCACAGAAGAGUACAGAGUACCCGAUAAGAUGGUUGGCCUAAUUAUUGGAAGAGGCGGUGAACAGAUCACUAGAUUGCAAGCAGAGUCAGGAUGCAAAGUCCAGAUGGCACAGGACAGCGGAGGCUUGCCGGAGAGGGUUUGCACACUCACAGGGACACCUCCAUCAAUAGAGCAUGCCAAGCGAUUGAUAGACCAAAUCAUUGAGAAGGGGAGGAGUAGCGGGGCCACAGAACAGCCAGGUACCACGUUACCCGAUGGCUCCAUAGUCACAGAGAUGAUGAUACCAGGGAACAAGGUGGGGCUUGUCAUCGGCAAGGGAGGCGAGACCAUCAGAAGUCUGCAGGAAAGGGCAGGAGUGAAGAUGGUGAUGAUUCAGGAUGGACCAUACAUGAAUGCUCCGGAGAAACCUCUCAGAAUCACAGGGGACCCACAGAAGACCCAGAGAGCCAAAGACUUGGUCAUGGACCUCAUCACAGACAAGGAGCUCGAGGUCGGUGAAGGCGAGUUCUUUGGUGGCGGACCACCUGGCAUGAGAAGAGGAGGGAGGGACUUCGACACAAACGACUAUGGCAGCGCCAGGGGUGGUGGUGGUGGCGGCAUGGACAUUCCAGUGCCUCGUUUUGCUGUGGGUAUCGUCAUUGGGAAGGGAGGAGAGAUGAUCAAGAAAAUCCAGAAUGAGAGUGGAGUCAGAGUCCAGUUCAAACCAGACGAUGGCCAGAACCCUAACAGAGUGUGCCAGUUGAUAGGAGCUCCCGACAGAUGCCAGGCUGCCGCCCAUACCAUCCAAAACCUGGUGGAAGACGCACAGGCGGACUUUGGAUUUGGUGGGGGACGAGGGUUCGACCCAUGGAAUCAACGAGACCAGGCUGGUGGUGGCCCCGGGAUGGGGAGAGGCCGCGGGCGUGGAGACUGGGGCCGCGGGCCAGGCGGACCGGGACCCAUGCGCACCGACGAGUUCCCUGUACCCAACAACAAAUGUGGGCUGGUGAUCGGAAAAGGUGGGGAGAGCAUCCGCACCAUCAACCAACAGUCGGGCGCUCACGUGGAGUUGAUGAGAAACCCCCCUCCCCACUGUGAACCUGGCAUGAAGAUGUUCUCUAUCCGUGGCAGCCCGCAGCAGAUCGACCACGCCAAACAGCUUAUCCACGAGAAAAUCUCGGACGACAUGCACGAGCCGUUCGGUUUCGGGGACCGACCGUUCCACCCCAGAAAGCAUGGUGGACCUCCCGGGCCCCCUGGUGGCCCCGGCGGACCGGGCGGGUUCAACCAGGGACCACCACCACCAAACCAACCUCCCCCUCCCGGUGGUGGACCACCUCCGUACGCUCCCCAGGGGUGGGGUAACGCAUACCAGCAGCAGUGGCAACAGGGACAAGGAGGACCAAAUGAUCCCAACAAGGCAGCCCAAGACAAUGCUGCUGCAUGGCAGGCCUACUACGCCCAGUACUACAACUGGCAGCAGCAGGCCCAACCACCAGCACCAGGACAGGGACCACCACAGCAAGCUCAACAGCCUGGCGGCGGGAGUGGCCAACAGCCCGACUACUCAAAAGCAUGGGAGGAGUAUUGGAAGAGGACAGGAGAGCAACCGCAGCAGCCACAGCAACAACAGCAGCCACAGCAGCCCGGAGGACAGCAGGGAGCACCUGCACAGCAGCAGACACAGCAGGCUGGACAGCAGGCCGGACAGAGUGGCCAGCCGGACUAUACCAAGGCUUGGGAGGAGUACUACAAGAGACAGGCUCAAAGCCAGCAGCAGCAGCAGGCUGCCCAGCCCCAGCAGGACUACAGCCAGGCCUGGGCUGACUACUACCGCCAGUACGGAGGAGCGCCGGGGCAGAGCCAGCCAGGCCAGCAGGGACAGUAAAUGUGCAGCGAAGAUGUUGAUUUGUUUGUUGUGGGAUUGCCGAGAUUUCUCCAUCGAUAAUGACCCUGCGCCGAAGAUCUGGAUUGAUAAAAAUGGGCCCCAACAAAUUGCAUGUUAGACUGUCCUGUGAAGAUAGCGUGUUCCAACAUCACUUGUCAUGAUUAUAUGCACUCCUAGCAUUAAUGUAUAGAUUAAACAUGUAUUUUAGAUUCCGACUAAAUGUAUUGUGACUUAGAUUUGACAUACUUGAUUAUGAUUAUGAUUGUACUUUGUGAUGCAUAGUGAUUGAUAAGAAAGGUGUAAAACACGACAGAUAACGAUGCCAUUACCAUCUGUUAUUGUACUAGUUGGACAUUCAAUGAUCGUAUAUUCAUAGGAUAUUUUGCACAGAUGUUUUUUAGCAUACUCCCUAUAUACCACCCCUUGUUCUCUGAUGUGUGUGAUAAUAUACUUCAACUUGACAUUGGUGAGAGGCAUUUUUCAGUGGUACAUGUUUGUGUGUAGGGGUUAAGCAGUGAAAUUUUGAUGUCGUUUUUGUUGCUCCUUUUUUUCCUUCAUGUCUUAUAAAUGUCUUCUCUACCUAGUAAGUAGCAUACCUUGACGGGGCUGGUGGAGCGGAAAGGUCGUGCCUUCGCAAGGUGACAAUUUUAGCGUAAGGUAUACGUAUAACCGCAAGUAGGAACAUGUAUAAUGUGUGUUCUAUUGACUGUAGCAUUGGUUUAUGACAAGACUCGGAUGUACUUUGAAGUGCUAGUGCAUGCAUGUCUAGUGGAAAGACCAUGAACAAGAUG